AUGCAUCCCCCUCGUAACUAUGGCCUUGAAUGGCGAAAACAUGAUCUCGUAAAAUUAGGCAACCAUAGUUACAAUAUCACGUAUCGCAGCUUGCGGAGCUUCGAGAGCGAUUGCGUUCACGUGCCUGAGCGAUCGAGCGGGUACUCGGUUGCCAGUGGGAGCGUUCGAUGUUCUGUAGAGAUUCUCGAUUGGUCGAUUUCAAAAUAUGUGGGCGUGACGAUAGUGAAAGGAGGACAGUCGAUGAAGAGCGCCCAACGCGUCACCAUACGUAGUCCAUACGACAUGGUUAUAAGUAUGGGCUUCUUCGCUAACCUUGAAGACAUUCCCUACUACCUGAAAUGGCUGCCAUACAUGAGCUACCUUAAGUAUGGCUUCGAAGCCAGCAUGGUUGCCAUCUACGGCCUGAACAGAGGGAAGCUUGAAUGCAAGAUCGACUACUGCCACUUCAAGUACCCCAAGAAAUUCUUGGACCAGAUGAGCAUGAACGGUGACAUGAACACGUACUUGAUAGAUAUUGGGGUGCUCAGCGGGCUGUUUGUUUUCCUGAGGAUCUGCGCGUACUUUGUUCUUCGAAUAAAGCUGUUCCAAAAUCGGUAA